GUGGGCACAGGUGGGUGGCACUGGUGGGCACAGGUGGGUGGCACUGGUGGGCACAGGUGGGUGGGCACAGAUGGGUGGCACUGCUGGGCACAUGUAGGUGGCACUUCUGGGCACAGGUGGGGGCACUGCUGGGAACAGGUGGGCGGGGCUAGUGGGCGCACUGCUGGGCGGAACUUGCGGGUGUCACUGCUGGGCACCGAUCAUCAGGGCAUUGAUCAUCAGUGCCCUGAUGAUCGGUGCCGAUCCCCGCUCUGACAACUGCCGGUUCUCGGCAGUACUUUCCUCACGAUCUGACAGCGUGAGGAAAGUGCAGCCGAGAACCGGCACUUGCAU